AUGAAGACUUGGUUCCUCCCACCUGACUUCACAUUCACUCCUGAUGGGCCCCUCCAACUUGGAGCCGUCAUUACGCAUCCUGGCCGUCCUACCAACGUCAUUGCAUCACCCCGCACCGACCCGUCGAUACAGCUGCCUGAGAUCCAGGUCAUCACGGAAAAGAACCACUCGCACUCAAACGAGGUCAGCCGCAAGGGUGGAGUUAGUCUAUUUGCCAAGUUUGUCGAGUUUGCUUCUGGCUCUGUGUCGUACGAAGCCAGCCGACGAAAUCUUCUUCAGUAUGGAAAUGUCGAUCACGAAGUUCGGUCACUCCUGGCGCCUUUCUCAAAAGACUUUCUCGCGAGUCUUACUAGCUUGGAUUCAGUGAAGGAGCACAUUGAGUCGGGCCUGUAUGGCAAGAGACCUGUAUACCUUGUCUCUGGCCUGCGGGUCACAAACGAGUCGUUCACGGUGACAAAAGAGAAAGGAACUGGCAACCAGGCCGAAAUUUCAGCCUCUGGUCCCACAGGACCGGUCCCAGUUGAGGUUGGCGGAAGCCUAUCCGGGGGCGUGGAGAGAACAAAAGUGGAUUCAUACGAGACGGCCCCGGGCAUCGUCUUUGCAUACCGACUGCACGUUAUCCGUCUGAGGAGUAGCAAGAGUACUCAAUCGGAAAUGUUUUCGAGCUCUAAGGGUUUCUGGACGGAUAGAGCGGAGCCGGAGCCUAUGGAGGUACUUGAUGUUACAUUGGACGUGGUUGGGGACGACCUUGAGGAGGAGGAGAUCAGGUUUGAUCAGGCUGAUUUGGAGAAUGGCGAAUGCUGCCUGCAUCAAUCCUAA